AUGACACCUGAAGAUAAAUUAACUUCGCAUUCUCAUCAUCACAUGCGUCGACUAUUCGGAACAAAAACUUGUCGAUUAUUAACAAUGCUUUCAUUAGUAUUUACAUUUUUUAUUAUUGAACUUGUUGUUGGCAAUAUAACAAAUUCAGUUUCACUUGUUGCUGAUUCAUUUCAUAUGUUAUCCGAUGCUAUAGCAUUAAUUAUUGCUAUAGUAGCUGUUAGAUUCUCUCGACAUCGAUCAGAUACAAAUACAUAUGGUUGGGUACGUGCAGAAGUUAUCGGCGCAAAUAUUAAUACAGUUUUUCUUCUCACUCUUUGUUUAACUAUUAUAUUCGAUGCUAUAAAACGUUUUAUUCAACCGGAACCAAUUGAAAAUGUUAAUUUAUUAUUAUUUGUUGGUUUAAUUGGAUUAGGAAUUAAUAUUAUUGGUCUUUUCUUAUUUCAAGGAUUUCAUGGACAUUCACAUGGACAUUCACAUGGGCAUUCGCAUAAAGCAGAUUCGCAUGGACAUGCACAUAAAGGAGAUUCACAUGGACAUUCACAUAAUCAUACUGAAAAACAACCCGAAGAAAACAUAGAAGAAGAAAAUCUACUAAAACAUAAUAAAUCCCAAAAACAUAUUAUAAGAGUAACACAAGAGGGUGUUACCGAAUGUGUACAAGAGAGCAAUGAACAAAUGAAAACGGUCAUUGAAGUAGAUGCUGAAAAAGAGAGUAAACCAAAGAAGAAAGCAUCAAUGAAUAUGCAUGGAGUAUUUCUACAUGUAAUGGGUGAUGCACUUGGAUCAGUAGCUGUUAUAAUUAGUGCUUUACUAAUUAAGUUUGUUCCACAUGAACCAGAAAAUACAAAACAUUGGACAGUUUAUAUUGAUCCAAUUUUAUCAAUUAUUAUUGUUAUUAUUAUAACAAUCUCUAGUAUUCCACUUUUUAAAGAUACAACUUAUAUUUUAUUACAAAGUAUUCCUAAACAUCUCGAAAUUAAUCAAAUAAAAUCUCAAUUAUUAGAAGCUAUUCCUGAAAUCAAUGGUAUUCAUGAAUUACAUAUAUGGAGUUUAACAAAUGAAAAAAUUAUUGCUAGUGCGCAUAUAAAUCGAUCAAGUUUAUCAAACUAUAUGGUAGUUGCUGCUAAAGUUCAGAAAUUUUUUCAUUCAAUUGAUAUACAUUCAGUUACAAUACAGUAUGAAUGUGAUAAUGACAUUAAAUCAAAUGAUCAACAAACAAUGAUUACACAACAGAAAACUUUAUAUAAUGAGAAGAAAAUUCCUGGUGAUUGUUUACUUCGAUGUGAAAGUGAUGAAUGUGACGCUAAAACAUGUUGUACAAAAAGUUCAAAUCGAAGAAAUAGUUUAGUCAAGAAUAGUGAUACGAAUCGAAUACAUCCAAUUAGUGAACCAACUCAUUUCAGAAAUACAUUAUAUACACAAGUAUAA